AUGCUACGAGGUCUCAUCAAACCGUUUCUUCCGGUCACUCAACUCCCUUUAUCUUGCUCAAGAAGAUAUUUAUUUAUUGCCUCUAUAGGAAAUCCUGAGCCGCAAUACGCUAAUACCAGACAUAAUGCUGGACAUAGAUUGAUGAACCAAUUGAUUGAUGUAUACUGGAAAGAUCAUGUUUACAAGAAAGGUCCUUAUUAUCUAUCCACCAAAUAUUCCAAUCUAGUACUUUUCAAAUCCAAUGAUUCACUAAUGAACCUACAAGGGUUGCCAAUUUCGAAACAUUUUGGUAAACAUGAUCAAGGCAAAUCUGCUUUGGUGGUUCUUCAUGAUGAAUUACAGGUUGAUUUAGGUAAAUAUCAGAUCCGUAAACCUGGUACAAGCUCAAGAGGACAUAAUGGAUUGAAGUCCAUUGAUAAGUAUCUCAAGAAUAGAUAUUUUAAGCUUGGAAUAGGUAUUGGUCGCCCGCCAGCGUCACAAUCAGUAGUGCACUAUGUCUUGAAAAACUUUCUGCUGCAAGAGUUGGAUGUGAUUGAUUGGGAAGUAUUACCAAAAUGCGUAAAAGAUUUAGAGAAUAUGGUUAUAAAAGAUUUAGAACUACAAAGUGGUAAGGAGAAGAUAAACGGCAUAUGA